AUGCAGCUAGUCCACGCAAUCAACAAGGAUGACUAUACAAGAAGAGUGCAGUUCUGCAUCGACGAGCUGUCCAGGAUUGAGGCCAACCCACUCCACCUUCAGUUUUUACUGUUUAGUGAUGAGGCGACGUUUCACAUAAACGGCCACCCGGUGCAGUCCCCGAAGACGACAGUCUGGUGCGGUCUGUGGCUGGAGGGCAUCGUUGGACCAUUUUUCUUUGAUGGCACCGUAACGGGGCAGAACUACCUCACCAUGCUGCAGAGGGAGUUCCUGCCCGAACUAGCAUCCCUUCACAUGCAGAAGGAAGUUUGCAUAUUCAUGCAGGACGGCGCGCCUCCCCACUUGGCGACAGAGACUUUCCCAGGAAGGUGGAUGGGGCGAGGCUCCCCAACAAUGCCUUGGCCUGCCAGGUCGCCAGACCUCACCCCUUGCGAUUUCUUUUUGUGGGGGUACGUGAAAUCCAAAGUGUACAGCGGACAAGUAUCAAGCCUACAACAGCUUAAGGCCAGGAUAGAGAACGCUAUACGGUCUCUCGACAUCGAAAUCUUGACAAGGGUAUUCGUGGAAUACCGUAAACGCCUGCAGAAAUGCAUAGACAGAAGAGGCCAUCACAUUGAGUGCUGGGCAGACCGUGACUGA